AUGAUUAUUCCCAUUGAUAUGAAUAUUUCAUCACGAGAUCAUUCGAUAAAUAAAAAGACGACGAAUGAGUAUCUUGUUGACUACAUUUUGUUGAAUAUGUCUGUUGAUGUUUCUGAUUUAUUACCAGUAAUUGAACCUGAUCUUGAGCCUAGUUUAAGUCUAUCAGGUAUAUUAUCUCGAAGAGAAAAAUACAAAAAUGUUAUUACAAUGGCUGUCCUAUUAUUUAUUAAUUUGUUAAAUUUUAUGGAUCGAUUUAUUAUUGCAGGUGUACUAGAGAAAAUUAUAAAAGAUUUUUCUAUUUCGGAAUCACAAGGUGGUCUUCUUCAAACAGUAUUCGUUUGUAGUUAUAUGGCACUAGCACCUCUCUUUGGUUAUUUAGGAGAUCGAUAUAGUCGAAAAAUGUUAAUUAUUAUUGGUGUUAGUAUUUGGUCCAUGACUACUUUAGCCGGAUCAUUUGUGCCAAGUCAUUUGUUUGCAGUUUUUGCAAUAUUACGUGGUUUAGUCGGUAUUGGUGAAGCUUCAUAUUCAUGUGUUGCACCAACAAUUAUUGCUGAUAUGUAUAAACAUGAUAUGAGAACAAGAAUGUUAGCUCUUUUCAAUAUUGCUACACCAGUAGGAGGUGGUCUUGGUUAUAUUGUUGGUGCAUAUGUUGCAGUUGCAUUUCAUGGCGAGUGGCGUUGGGCUCUACGAAUUACACCUGCUCUUGGUUUCAUUUGUGUUAUAUUACUUCUUGUUCUUGUUAGAGAACCAGUACGAGGCAGUAUUGAUGGAGCUCAAGUUUUAAAAAGAGAUAAUUGGUUUUCUGAUGUUCAAAAAAUCUUUAGAGUAAAAAGUUUUAUUUUAACAACCCUUGGAUUUACAUGGGUAGCAUUUGCAUUAGGUUCACUUGCUUGGUGGGCACCAAGAUUUCUUCAAUUAGCUUAUAUUUUGCAUUAUAAAACUGAAAGUGAACAAGUUAAAGCCAAUGUUAGUCUUUAUUUUGGUAUAGUAACUUGUGGUGCUGGACUUCUUGGUGUUCUACUUGGAAGUGAAAUAGCUAGAUGGUAUCGUAAAAGAAAUCCACGUGGUGAUCCAAUUGUUUGUGGUGUUGCUGUUCUUUUAGCCAUACCAUUUCUAGCUGCUUCAAUUAUCUUUUCUAAAGAUAAUAUAAUUGUAACAUGGAUUUGCAUUGCUGUGACUGAAACAUUACUUUCUAGUAAUUGGGCAAUAAUAUCAGAUAUGCUUAUGUAUAUUAUCAUUCCACCCAGACGUGCUACAGCAAGUUCUAUUCAAAUAUUUAUUUUACAUUUAUUUGGUGAUGCAUCUAGUCCAUAUAUCAUCGGUCUCGUAAGUGAUUUCUUUCGAAAAGGAUCAAAACAAAACGAAAUUAUAUGGAAAUCCUUACGAUAUGCUUUAUUAUUAACACCAGCUGUUGCUUCUUUCGGUGGUAUUGUUUUUCUAGUAGCGGCUCUUUUUAUUGUUCGAGAUCGUCGUGAAGCCGAAGCUACUAUAGAAUCAAUGAAUAUAUCAAACACUUUUCGAAUGGAAGAAUCAAAAACUUAG